GUCUGUGCACCAGAGAACAUCUUCCCCCUCCCAAGCGCCGGAAGUGGACGACUGUGCGGGUAAUUCCCCCCCCUCCGCAUCUCCCGGAAGCGAGCGCGGCUUUACUCCUUCCCCGGGGCCGGUGCUGGCGGCCGGGGGCGAUGGUGGGGCCGGCUCCCGGCGGGGGGAGCCCCCUGGAGAACGCGAACCCCCUGAUUUAUCGACGUUCCGGGGAGCGGCCCGUCACGGCGCGGGAAGAGGACGAUGAGCUGCCCGACUCCAUCGACGACCGGGAGAUCUUCGAUCUUAUUCGUUCAAUUAAUGACCCAGAACAUCCCCUUACUUUGGAAGAGCUGAAUGUUGUUGAACAAGUUAGAGUCAAAGUGAAUGAUGCUGAAAGCACAGUAGUGGUGGAAUUUACUCCUACAAUUCCUCACUGCAGCAUGGCAACAUUAAUUGGCCUAUCAAUAAAAGUAAAGUUGAUCAGAUCACUACCUGAAAGGUUUAAGGUGGAUGUUCACAUAACACCAGGAACCCAUGCCUCUGAGCAUGCAGUUAAUAAACAACUUGCUGACAAAGAACGAGUAGCGGCUGCUUUGGAGAAUUCGCAUUUGCUGGAAGUGGUGAACCAGUGUUUGUCUGCUCGAUCAUAAUUGCCUGAUGAAGAAAUCUUUGUUUUUCUGAUGUGUUAAGAUAAUUUUGUACAUAAAUGGGGUUUCUAAUAUGUAGUUGUAUAUGUUUCUGUGGGCAAAAUAAAGCUACUAAAAUUUAUAAUUUUUUAAAAAAUGACUGCUCCACUAUUACAAGAGUUAACGUGGAAAUUAACUCACAAGUAAUGGUGCAUCCAAGAUACCAAUAAAUUAAGAUGAGAGUUUUAUUUUGCCAUCAGGGAAUUUAACAUUUAUAAUUUUAUAUUUUAAUUCAUCACCUGUAACAGUGCGACUUCUCCUUAGAGAGAAGGAACUCCCAUCUUAAAAUAAAGAUUUGGUUUGACCAGUCAUCACUAUCCUAAACCAAAGACUAUUUAUAUUCUGAUCAUUUAUACAUACAUUAAGCCAAGGAAUAGUUUAAUUUUUAAAUUCAGAUGAGUUUAUGCACACUUGUACUGGACUGUUAGUUUGCUUAUAUUCAACCUUAGAAGUUGAGAUCUUUAAAAGUACAUGUGUGCAAAUUGAAUUUUGAAUUUAAUUGUGUAUAUCACCCAGCAUAUACACAAGUCUGCAUGUACUUUUAAAAGGAGUAAGGCAUCAUAGUUGGCCAACUAAUAGCAACUCCUAUCCCAUGUUACUAGGUUUGGGAAGAUGGCAUUUUCCUUAGAAGUAUUGUAGAUGUUUUCUUUGGCAGUGAACAUAUAUAGUGUAUACAUAUACAGUGGCAGUAAACAUAUACAGUUAGAACCUUAGUUGUGACUGGUCAACCACACACCACAUUUGGAACCGGAAUUAUGCACAGGCCAAAAAAAAAGGCAAAUACAGUACAGUACUGUGUUAAGUGUAAACUACUAAAAAAAAUAAAGGGAAAGUUAAAUUUUUUUUGGACAAGAUAA